AUGGCCCCACGUAAAAGGAGUGAUAUAUGGAAUCACUUUACUGAAUUGGAAGAUAGUAAAGCCAAAUGUGGGUAUUGCAGUAACAAGUACAGUGUUGCUAGUGGAUCUUUUGGCAAUUUGAGACGCCACUUAAAAACUGUACCUACAUCCCGCUGUCCACCAGUAGAAACAAUGAUUGUUCCUGGUACUAGCAGUGUUAAAUCAAGCCAACCUACUCAAACACAAAGUAGCAUUAUGCAUUUUAUGCAAAAUAAGAAACCUAUGGCAGUUAGUAAAUCAAAACAAAUUGAUGAGCAGGUUACAAAAAUGAUUGUUAAAGGAUACUAUGCGUUUUCUAUAGUGGACGAUAAGGAAUUUAGAAAAUUUGUAAAAAUGUUGAACCCUGGAUACGAGCUUCCUUGUCGCCAGACAGUAUCUAAAAAUCUAGUUCCAAGAUUAUACAAUUCCACAUUAGAAGAUUUAAAAAAAAAAGUUGAAACUGCACUUGCAGUUUCAUUAACAACAGAUGGAUGGACUUGUAUAAAUAAUAGGAGCUAUAUUGCAGUCACAGCUCAUUUUAUUGAUGGUGACGGUAAAAUGUGUUCCGUUUGUCUUGGUUGUGAAUAUUUUGACCAAUGUCACACGUCAGAUAAUUUAGCUGCCUUUUUAAAAAAAAUAGCAAUUGAAUGGAAAGUGAAUAAUAAAGUUGUAGCCAUUGUUACCGACAAUGCUUCAAAUAUUUCUAAAGCUGUAGGUCAAUUACAUUAUCGACAUAUAGGAUGUUUCGCCCAUUCCAUUAAUCUUGUUGUUCAACACUCUCUAGAGAAUAUUUCGGUAAUAGUAUCUAAAGUAAAAAAAAUUGUUGAGUUUUUUAAACGUAGUAGUAAUGCAUUAGUAAAACUUAAUUCAAUACAAACUCAAAUGGGUCUACCUACAUUAAAAUUAAAGCAAGACUGUGUGACCCCAGAUGGAAUUCGACAUAUGAUAUGUUGA